AUGUCUUAUAACGAUGACGACCGACGCGGUGGUGGCUAUGGUGACGAUAGCUACGGCUCUAGCGGACGUCAAGGAGGCGGCUAUGGCGACGACAGCUAUGGUUCGUCCGGGCGCGGUGACGGUGAUAGCUACGGUCGAAAGACUGGUGGCGGUCUAGGGACUGAUGACACCUACGGCGACUCCACUGCUACUGGCGGCAGAAGCACUGGCCGGGACAACGAAUUCGGCAUGGGCAGUGGCAGGACUGGCACACAAGACGCCGGUGGCUUUGGCGCAAGCGAUGAUACCUACAGCUCCGGGACCCGUGAUACCUCUGGAGGUUAUGGAGGUAGUGGCCGCACCGGCGGUGGUCUAGGGACCGAUGACACCUAUGGAGAUUCCACAACCACUGGUGGCCGAAGCACUGGCCGUGACAAUGAAUAUGGCUUGGGGAGUGGCAGGACCGAAGCUCAAUCAUCUGGCGGCUUCGGUGCAAGCGACGACACUUAUCGCUCCAAUACCGGUGGCGGCGGCCGUGGCUACGGAGAUGAUAGCAUUGGCCGUCGCGGAGACGAUUUCAGCUCUUCGGGUGGAACUUCAGGUGGACUCGGCACCGAUGAUACUUAUGGCGACGCAACCCGAACCGGAGGCACUUCUUCAGGCCGUGACAAUGAUUACGGAAUGGGCUCCGGCCGCACCCAGGAUCAAGAGCGCGGCGGCUUCGGCGGCAGCAGCGGCGGCGGCUACGAUGAUGAUAGCUCAAGUGGCAAGAAAGACUCUACCGUGGGCAAAAUGAUGGAGAAGGCGGGCAGCAUGUUCGGAAGCAACAAGCUGGAGGAACGAGGUGCGGAGAAGAGACGUGGUGCAGGAAAUGAUGACUACUGA